UCUUGACGUACUUUUUUCACUCACUGGGAAUUAACGGACAUCUGAGGAUCGUGUGGAUGCGCGUGUUCGGAGGGACGCGGAGAUGGAUUUGCUGAUAAUAUGUCUUUCUGUUGGGAUAUUGCAGUGCAGUUCGGUGGGAGCGGACUCCAUCAUUCACAUCGGUGCCAUUUUUGAGGAGAACGCAGCACGGGAUGAUGAGGUGUUUCAGUUGGCGAUCUCUGACCUCAGCCUCAACGAUGACAUUUUGCAGAGCGAGAAAAUCACCCACUCCAUAAAAUAUAUUGAACCCAACAACCCCUUUCAGGCAGUCCAGGAAGCAUGUGAACUGAUGACGCAGGGCAUCCUGGCGCUGGUCACAUCUACUGGCUGUGCGUCCGCUAGCGCACUGCAGUCCCUAACAGAUGCCAUGCACAUUCCACACCUGUACGUCCAGCGGAACGCUGAGGGAUCACCCCGUACUGCCUGCCAGCUCAAUCCAAGCCCCGAUGGAGAACGAUACACCCUCACUACACGACCACCCAUCCGACUCAGUGAUGUCAUGUUAACACUGGUCGGGGAGCUACGCUGGCAGAAGUUCAUCAUCUUUUAUGACAGUGACUAUGAUAUCCGUGGACUGCAGGUGUUUCUGGACCAGACCUCUCGUCAGGGUUUGGACGUGUCGCUGCAGCGAGUGGACCGAAAUAUCAGUGGUGUGUUCUCCAGUCUGUUCACCUCCAUGCGCACAGAGGAGCUCAACCGCUACCGAGACACUCUCAGAAGAGCUGUACUGCUGCUCAGCCCACGGGGAGCCCAAGUCUUCAUUCACCAGGCUGUGGAGACUAACCUGGCCUCCAAAGACAGUCACUGGGUGUUUGUGAAUGAGGAGAUCGGUGACAGUGAGAUUAUGGAGCUGGCUCACAGUUCUCUGGGCAGGUUGACGGUGGUAAGGCAGAUCUUCCCGCUGUGGAGAGAGAGCAGUGUGAGCUGUAUGCGAAACAACCACCGCAUCUCAUCGCUGCUCUGCGACCCUCAGGAGGGAUACCUGCAAUCGCUGGAGGUGUCUAAUCUGUACCUGUAUGACAGUGUGCUGAUGCUGGCCAACGCCUUCUACAGAAAACUAGAAGACAGGAAGUGGCACAGCAUGGCCAGUCUCAACUGCAUCAGGAAGUCAACCAAGCCCUGGAAUGGGGGCUGGUCCAUGUUGGAGACCAUCCAAAAGGGCCGUAUAACUGGUCUCACAGGAAUUAUGGACUUUAUGGACAAUGGAUCAAAUUCCCACGUUCAGUUUGAGAUUUUGGGAACCAGCUUCAGUGAGACGUUUGGAAAAGACAUAAAACGCUUGGCCACGUGGGAUUCUGUUCAUGGGCUUAAUGGCAGUCUAAAGGAGAGUCGAAUUGAGAACGGCAUGCAGGGGGUUACAGUCAAAGUAGUCACGCUGUUGGAGGAUCCGUUUGUGAUGGUGGCAGAAAAUAUCCUUGGACAGCCCAAGAGAUAUAAGGGCUUCUCAAUUGAUGUGCUAGACGCCUUGGCCAAGAUCCUCGGAUUCAAGUACGAGAUCUACCAGGUGGCAGACAGUAAAUACGGUUCUCAGCUGCCCAAUAGCUCUUGGAAUGGAAUGAUCGGGGAGCUCAUCAACAAGGCAACAGAUCUGGCAGUGUCUGCCAUCACCAUCACACCAGAGCGAGAGAACGUUGUGGACUUCAGCAAGCGCUACAUGGACUACUCAGUGGGGAUCCUUCACCACAAACCCGAGGAAAAGAUCAACAUCUUCUCCCUGUUUGCCCCAUUUGAUCUGGCCGUGUGGGCCUGUAUCGGGGCUGCCAUCCCUGUGGUGGGCGUUUUGGUCUUCCUGCUCACACGGAUGCAGAUGCUCCGAUCUCAGAAUCCACCAGGAGCCCAUCAGGCUUCGUCCAUGUCUAACUCACUGCACAGUGCCAUAUGGAUUGUCUAUGGGGCCUUUGUACAACAAGGUGGCGAUUCAGUGGUGGGGUCUGUGGCGUUGAGGAUCAUCAUGGGCAGUUGGUGGUUAUUUACAUUGAUUGUGUGUUCUUCUUACACCGCCAACCUGGCUGCAUUCCUAACCGUGUCUCGCAUGGACAACACUAUACGAUCAUUUCAGGACCUUGCUAGGCAGAUGGACUAUGCCUACGGCACUGUUAGGGACUCAGCAGUGUACGAUUACUUUAGAGCCAAGGGCACAAACCCACUGGAGCAGGACAGCACGUAUGCAGAGCUGUGGAGGACCAUCAGCAGAAACAAUGGACAGGACUUCUCUGUGUCCAGCCCCUCUGAAGGCAUACGCAAGGCUAAAAAAGGGCCAUAUGCAUUCCUGUGGGAUAUGGCAGUGGUGGAGUAUGCAGCGCUGACAGAUGACGACUGUACUAUUACUGUAUCCGGCAACAGUAUGAGCAGCAAAGGCUACGGCAUCGCCUUGCAGCACGGGAGUCCAUACCGAGACCUCAUCUCACAGAAGAUUCUGGAGCUGCAGGAGAAAGGAGAUCUAGAUGUGUUGAAGCAGAAGUGGUGGCCUCGCACAGGCCGCUGCGACCUCAACAGCCACACUAAUGCCCAGCCAGAUGGGCGCUCUCUCAAACUCCACAGCUUCGCUGGCGUCUUCUGCAUCCUUGCUGCAGGGCUUCUGCUGGCCUGUCUGGUGGCUGCGCUGGAGAUGUGGUGGAACAGCAACCGCUGCCGGCAAGAGCAGUCGAAAGAGGACAAGGAGGUGAACCUGGAGCAGGUGCAUCAGCGUAUGAACAGUCUUAUGGACGAGGACAUGGCACACAAGCAGAUUCCUGCGUCUAUCGAGAUCUCUGCCCUGGACAUCGGCAGCAUGCCGCCCAGCCUGCCGCGGGAAGCUGUGCUCGAUUACCCGGGCACGGGCCUGUCUGUGAGCACCUUCCUUCCGGAGCAGGCUCAUGGGGUGGGCCGGACGCUGGCACCGGGCCCUGGCAGGACCCUGCCCCUCCCUCUAAGCAGCUCCACCAUGCCCUCCAUCCAAUGCAAACACAGGGCUCCCAACGGGGGGCUGUUCCGACAGAGCCCCGCCAAGAUGCCAAUGUCCUACCAGUCAGUACCAGGAGGACCCAUCCCCGAAGCUAUUGAGCCCACUCACAGUACAUCCAUCUAAGACUGGCGUGAUCACAGGACGCCUUGAACUUGCUUUUCAAAGGAAGAUAAAAAGGGGGAGGUGCGGGUGUCGGGGCUCGGGAAACUAAUAAUGUGCAAAAAGAGUUUAAAAAUAGAGAGAGUAUGUAGAGAUUUUUAUUACGGGAAAAUAAAACACCAAAACGUAAAAAAUCAUUUUUCUUGUACAUAUUGUAAAUAUUGAAAGAGCAAAGUAAGUAAAAGUGUAUUUUGAAUAUUCUCAAUUUUUGAAGUUGAGUUACAAAAACAAGUGAAAAAACAAAAAGGACAUAGAAAAAUAAUUCAAAAAUGACUGUUUGAAUGGCUUUGUGAAUUUUGUUCUUUAUGGGUAAAGACUCCAAUUCAUUGUGAUUGUUUUCUAAGUGCCAAAAUAAAAGAUGUCUCUCUACAUUGUCUUACUAGAUGAUCAUACAUGGCUGUAAGACUCCAGAAGCAGAGUGUUGAUAAUUAUGCACUCAGAUGGUAAAAAUACUCAGAAACAUUCUGCGUUCUUCAGUACCUGCAAACAAUAUUGAUUAAUUUUCUGUAAUGGUGGACAGAUAUCUAGAGAAUAGGAUGGCAGAUGACUACUAAAUAUACUACAAUUUAGAAACAGCAAAUCCGAUGUACACAGAAUUUCUAAAGUGAAACAAACACUUGUUUUAUUCAAUAUGUUCAUGGCAACGUAAUUUCUGAUAAAUUGUCCUGGCCGAUAUAUUGACAUGUCACAAAUUGUCUGAUUUCCAGUUGUUGAUUGCAGAUAAAGAUGUAUGUGUUUGUGUUGAGUUGAUGUUGUUGGUUUACUAAACAAGUAAAUGCAAGCCAAUCAAAAUGUCAAAUUGCUUUAGCUUUGUUUUCACAGACAAACUAAACCAUCUUAAUUGAAGCAACAACAAAGAAGAAACUUUUUUUUGUUUGGUUUGUGUCUUAAUAUCAUUAUGGUUUUCUGUCUGUGAGCACAACCCAACCAGAGAGAACUUGUGCUUGAAACAUAGAAGUAUGCCGUAACUUUCAUUUUUUACAUAUCAAACAGGUUGAUGAAUAUGUACUCUGUGUGAAAGAGUUGUAAAGCGUUUUUUUGUCUUUUUGGUUUUGUUGUUGUUGUUUUACUGUA